UGGGCCCAGUUUCAUGGAGUAUUCUGGCUUUGUUGUGGAUAGAGGCCCAGUGCGUCGUUGUGAUUUAAGAAAGAAAAGCCAUUUCGAGCGGUGUCUGUGCGUAGUUUGGCACACGAGAACAGGAGUCAACUCUUCGCUGGGUGUCGGGCUGUGAUGGAAGUUCAGUUCAACACGCUACCGUCAUCAAACUUCCACCCAUGACAUCGCCAGCUAGCGCCAUAGCCACUCGCUGCCAGAGCAGUAGGCUAAGCCUAGUGCCUAAGCCUAACUUUCUCGGCGUUCCCGGCCGCAGGGAUGCAAAGACGUGAUUCCCGGGAGCCCCGAGACGAAACUCCCAAGCGUGCAUCCAAAACGACGGCCGCCGCAAGAGCUAUGCAUUCGCAGACAAGGCCAACGGGAUCGAGCAACUCCGGUGUUUUGAUGGUGGGACCCAACUUCAAAGUGGGCAAAAAAAUCGGCUGCGGCAACUUCGGAGAGCUACGACUAGGAAAGAACCUCUACAAUAAUGAACAUGUUGCAAUUAAGUUGGAACCUAUGAAGUCAAAGGCUCCACAAUUACAUUUAGAAUACAGGUUUUACAAGCUUUUAGGUAACAAUGAAGGCAUCCCAAAGGUCUACUAUUUCGGGCCCUGUGGGAAAUACAAUGCUCUGGUCAUGGAACUCUUGGGCCCUAGCUUAGAGGACCUCUUCGACCUGUGCGACCGCAAGUUCUCCCUCAAGACAGUUCUACUUACCGCCAUUCAGCUACUUCAUCGAAUUGAGUAUGUGCACACAAAACAUCUGAUCUACCGGGACGUGAAACCCGAAAACUUCCUCAUCGGGCGGCAGUCCACCAAGAAGCACAAUAUCAUCCACAUCAUUGACUUUGGGUUGGCCAAGGAGUAUAUAGAUCCUGAAACCAACAAGCACAUUCCCUACCGGGAACACAAGAGCUUGACAGGGACGGCCCGCUACAUGAGCAUCAACACGCACCUUGGCAAAGAGCAAAGCAGAAGGGAUGACCUGGAGGCAUUGGGGCAUAUGUUCAUGUACUUCCUGAGGGGUAGCCUUCCAUGGCAAGGUCUCAAGGCAGACACCCUCAAGGAACGCUACCAGAAGAUUGGUGACACAAAACGGGCCACUCCUAUUGAGGUGCUUUGCGAUGGUUACCCUGAAAUGGCCACAUACUUGAGGUACGUCAGGCGGCUAGACUUUUUUGAGACUCCUGACUAUGACUACCUGAGAAAAAUGUUUCAUGACUUGUUCGAGCGCAAGGGCUACGUUGAUGAUGGAGAGUUUGACUGGACGGGGAAACAGAUGCCGGAAAACUUUAUGCAGCUGAAGGCACUGAGGAAUGCGCUUCCUUCUGAUGCGGAAAACUCCAGCCAGUCAACCCCCGUGGGGUCCCUCCAGACAGGACAGGAGGUCAUCGUUUCCCCAAACAGGGAAAGGCACAUUACAACCAAUGCCCGGUCAAACCCCCAGAAGAAUGCAUGGUUGGACCAAAGCAACCCACGGCAGGCGGGCAACACGCUGCUUGCCGAGAAGCUGGUGCAUCAGGGAGGUGGGGCAGGUGGCGUGCCCCAGGGAUCGGUCCAGGUUGUCUCCUCUACCAAUGGUGACUUGGCCAAUGAUGACCCCACCACGGGCCACUCCAACACACCCAUCGCAUUACCCGUCGAAGUGGAGGUUGUCUCAGAUACCAAGUGCUGCUGCUUUUUCAAGAAGAAAAAAAAGAUAGGGCGCCAAAAGUGACUGGCCCUGGCAGCUUCGGCCACACCGGACCAGGAGGCCACGCUGCUCUGGACAUCCCCUUCCGAUUCCAAGGAGAGUGUGCCCUGUGCUGCUGCCCCCCCGCAUGCCACAGCGGCUGCUGGUGCGCCACACAUCUCGUCCUCGGCCUUCUGAUGGCACUGCACUAUUUAUACCGGACACUCCCCACCACAUCUCUCAAACCACCCGGAUUGCUGCAGAGGAGAAGGGUGGCCAUUCGUCGCCCAUCUCUCUUUUGACGCUUGGUCGGUUUGGAGGGGGGGCGCGCACUGCUGCUGUGUCAGACAUGGUGUGCUGUCUUACUCGCAUGGUGAAGAGACAGGAGGCAGUUUUCCUUUAUUUUUUUCUCUAUGGAGGUGUUCACAGUGGCCCAACUGUUGCUAGGGCUGUUGUGCAAUAGCAGUGUUGAAAGUCAGUGGGCCUUCCCCAAGCCCUCCCCCACUCUCCCGUUUUGUUUCUUUAUCCAGGUGACCUGUCUUGCCAGUUACUACACACCCAUGGACAAGUGGUGUCGUAAGUUGCCAGUUGUGAAUGCAUAACACUUGACCGCCAGUGGUGUGCUGGAGGUGGUGGCACUGUUCUUUUUUUUUGUUUCCUCCUCUGUUGCAGCUGCAGUUGCUGAAAAGAGCUGGCAAGUGAAAUUUACAGCAGUGCAGAUGUUCUUGUAUGUACGUGUAUGGGUGUAUCUGGAUCUCUUGAGAGAGGCCCCAAAAACUUGUUUUAUACUGCCUCGGAGGAUGACAGUUUUCCAGCUGUCUUGCCUUCCAUUUGCCCACCUGGCCUAAGAGAGGUCUCUUUUUUUUGUUCGUUAAGUGCUUUUUUUUUCCUCUUCCUUUGUUACAUUCUUUGGUUCUGACAGAAACUGGCUCGCUGGCGAGUUAGGUUUUUGCUUCAAUGCCGCUGCCCCUUUGCAUGCCUCUCACCUCUGUUACGUCUAACAUCGUGUACCUACAGGCGCAUAUUGAUGAAUGUGCAUGCUGAAUACACAUGCGAGUACACGUAGUCCCGGUCACUUGAGCAGAGCAGGGAGGGAAAAAAUAAAUUUUUCCCAUUAAGCUAAAAAACUGAGCAGUGUUGCCUCUCACCCAACCACGUCACAUCGUUUGGUAGCUGGCACAUGACACAGCAGCCUUCUUAUCGAGUGAGAGUGCAUCCCUGGUGCAGAUCCUUGUGAGGAGUGAACAGUCAAGUCGCAGCAAAGUGGUGGUUGCACAAGGAAGUAGUUAUCGUCAAGCACAAAUGCAGGGAAGAAUUGUGAAAGAAAGACAAGGCAAGCUGUGCAUGUCUGAAGGAGCUUGCUGGUCGUGCUCGCAGUGGAUGAAGUUAGGGAACGGAGAAGGUCAGUGUUUGAGGGUCUUCGCCUGGCCCCCCACACACAAAAGAAAAAAGACUUUUGCGUGUUGUUUCCCACAAACAGUGUACAAAUUGUAAAGAAUAGUUUGUUCUUUCUUUCCUCUUGCUGUGAAAUCUUUUUGUGUACCAGUCUUUCCUAGUUUAUUUUUGUGUUUUGUUUUGAGUAGGUUUCUUUUUUCUUGUAAUAAUCAGGUUAAAGGAAACGACGACUAGUAGGAGUGUUGGAAGCUAAGAACAGCAAGGUCAUAGGCAUCAGAAUAAUAUCCUGAUUUAUUAUAGCCAACAGAGGUGACGACAGCUUCUUGUUGUCUUUCUGUCUCCCCUCCACCCCCCUAAUUCUAUGCCAUGUAUGUCAUUGCUGUAAUGGAGUGCGCCUCUUUCCUCCCUGUGUAUAAUACAUUUAUCUCUGCUGCCUUGUACAUAAAGAAACAUUAUAGGUGGAACAAGAGAUGCUGCUGCUUUUUUUUUUUUUUUUUUCUUUUUUUCCCCGCUCUUUUAUUCUUGUCUUCACUUUUAUCUGGGCAUGUUACAAGCACAGUUGUUAGCGUCUUCUCACAGCACUUUUAGUAAAAAAGACGGCGGAAGUCGUCUGUGUGCGGACCAUUUGUUGCCUUUGCAGCCUUGGCAGUGACGCAAAGGAAUGGCAUUGAAGACAUUGUUAAAAUAUAGCUUAAAUCUGGUGGUUUCUGAAACUUUUUUUUUCUAUUCCAUUCUUUCCCUUCUCAUUUUUCUCAGCAUGUCAUUUCUGCCGUGGUACUUAGUCAUUUUGUUGAGGCACAGCUUACUCUCGCCUGAUUAUCAUGCGCGUGUCGUGUCUUCAAUACCCCGCCCCCUUGUUAGCUUUGCCUUUUCACACUAGAAUGAAUGGUUUUUGAUCUCAUGCACACUGCUCUCCCAUAUGUAUAUUACUUGUUGCCUCCGUGAAUGUGUUUAUGCAUGUGUGCAUUCUUACUCUUGCUCAUUUCGCUUUGAAUUCACCUGCAUCGAUCAGCGCACAAUCCGAUAGGCAGAAGCGACGUGGCAAACUCGUCUGUCUUGCAGUGCUUCUAGUUUGACAAAUUGUGCUGUGCUUUAAAUGCUUUUAAAUUUCUGAACCCUUUUGUUCUGUUUGUUCCUUUCCCAUCACCUUUCUUCUUUCCCAUGUCUGGUCUUGGUUGCAUGGUAUUUCUCUAAAUAGUUGCAGCUUGGAACAAUGCAAUACCGGUGGAUUUCUUUAUUUUGUCUCCGAUUGUUUCAUUGCAUUGCAUGCGUGGUCCCACAGUGAGUCACCCAGGCAGCCACACAAGCUGCCCAGAGUUACAAAGCGUAUGGACUUGCUCUUUCUGCUGUUGUUUUUGGGGCAUGGGAUGGGCCCUACCAUGACACUAUUUCCUUUCCCUUUGGACAUUAUUAAAUGAGUCCGAUCGAUGACUAUUAUUUAGGCGGAUGUGAUACUUCGAGCUCAGACAGCCGCAAUAGCAUAUUGCCCCUCUACAGAAAAGACUAGAUGAUGCAGGGCAUUUGGCAAGUUAUGACAAAAGGUGGAUGGAUGCGACUUAGUGAGUCAUUGUAAAAAAAAAAAUUUGGCAGCCAGCUUUUGUUGGCAACUGUUAGUGAAAUUGUUUCUUUAGAUAGCACAGACUGCUGUUUCAGCAUGCUUAUGCCUUGAUUUUAAUGACACGAUAUCUGAAAGCUGUAGACGUUUGGGAAGCUAUCCAGCCAACUGUUUUGUUUACAACUUUUGCUGAAUGUUAUCAAUAAGACUAAAGAUUGCACAAUAAAAAGUGCCUGGCUUUAGUAGAACAUUUUGUGUUGACCACAAACAUAUUCCCUUGUUCAAUAAAAGCGGGAUAAAGUGUUCAGUGGAUGAGAUUGUGGUACACACACAACACACUUUCUGUCCCCCCUGAAGUGAAGUGUGUGGUGGUUUCAAAGCAUUUUUCUCCGAGGAGCAUUGCCUUGGGCAGUCCUGCUGCCGUUUUUUCCCUCGCUGGUUGUAGUGCUCGUUAUAGUCUGUGUGGCAAGCCAAAGAUGUAAUGGAAGGGAAAGUUUGCUUGGGCAUGAGAAGUUCAUGGGAGAUGGAAGUCAGAUCAAAAAAAGUUUUUCUGAAACCCCUUCUUAUGGUCUGCAUCAAUUAUGCUACACAGAUAGCCUUGUAUUGAAGCUGAACUUUGUAUACAUACACACAAAUGCAAGCUGUUGUGAUAAUCAGUGUGUGGCAGAAAGCUGGAUCUUGUUUCUUUUGCAUACUGAACCAUUUUUUAUUUCAUAUAAAUUUUUAGUAAAAUCCAUUCCCUCCUCCUCCCAUCCUUCUCUUACGAGGAUAGUUCAGUGAACUUCAGUCACUCCAGACCGUUUCUGCUUUGUGUGAGUGGUGAGAGAAUAAACUGAAAGCAUGCAGAAUGUUG